AUGGGCAACACCGAAUUCGUGAACCUUCUGUUGCAUGCUAAUGCAAAUCCUAAUCGUUGCUACUGUGUUCGACCUGGAUUUCAAAAAUGUUGGACACCUUUGAUUUGUGCUGUUCGCCACGACGUGGAUUACGAUUACAGACAUGCAACUAUCGUUCCCAUGCUCAUUAAAGCGGGAGCAGACGUGAACUACAGCUGUGAUAGCAUGCCACCCUUGGUUGCUGCAGUCGAGCAGUCGAGUUAUCACAUCAUGUGGUACCUGCUUCAAGCUCAGGCAAAUCCGAAUGUCACGAAUCGCAAUUUGAAGCCAGUUUUGCAUAUUGCAGUCAAAAGAAACGAUCCUACUGCUGUGGAAAUGUUGCUUCAGAACUCUGCUGAUAUAGAAUUGAGAGAUGCUCAGAAUCGAUCAGCCGAGCAGCUUGCAGCCAGUGCUGCUUUGAGAGAAAUGCAAGCUUUUGAAAUGCUCAUUCGUGGUUACAAGAGAACUUUUCGUGACUUCAGUACUGCAGAGAACAAGGCGAGGAAAAGACGCGAUUGCAGUGCUUCGUCUAACCACAUGGAUGAUAUCAAUUCGGAUGACAAUCGUUCAGAGGAAGAUUGGAAAUCAGACAAUCCCGAAGAAGAUUUGCAGCAAAUCAGUGCCAAACACUACAUGACAGACGAACUUGCUUCCAGAUGGUACAGAAUGAUGUUGAAGACAGUCGAGCUUCUGACAGAUGAUUGUCUUGCAGUUCUGCCUUCUUACUUUGGAGGACCCAGACAAGCUCGUUUAUCUCGUGAGAUCGAAUUGACAUCUGUGGUUCAGAAGCUGCAAGAUUUGAGCUCCGACAUUGUCGACAUGUGCAACGAUAAAUUACUUUCAAAAAAACAGUCUGAGGCAUUGACUGAAAACAUCUUGAACGAGAUUCCGAUGCUUGGCCAACAAGUUUUUGACAUGAAGCUGGACGAAGAGAGAAAAGUCAACCCUCAGAAUCCUGCGAAAACUGUGCAGAUCAGCAACAACAGGGUGGUGUAUUAUGAAAGUUUUCAUUUGCUGAUCAACCGCUACACGUACAACAAGAAUCAUGGAAUCUCUUUUCACGAUGACAUUAAAGAAGGAUAUGAUGUGGACAAAGAUCCCAUUACUUCUUUCUCCUGCCGACUCGGGUCUUUGCUGGUUAUCAUCUCCAGCAGAGCACCAGAGAAACAAGAGAAGACCGAGGGCAAACGUGCGUUUGUUGUGUAUCAGCCUCCGGGAACAAUUCUUGUGAUGGGCGGCAAGUUUCAGAGAGCUUACAAACAUGGUGUACCAAGUUUUCAGGAGAUCAAAGAGCUUCUUGCUUGUGCAGACGACUUGACUACUUGGGACGGUGUGAAACUAAAAUUGGAGUGGUUUUCGAAUUCGAAAGACUUGAUGCGACAGGAAGUUAGACGUAUUGACGCCUUGAAUCUGGUCAACGAGCAAGACGCACGUUGGAACGUCACAAUGCGAUGGGUGAGAAAUCAUUCACAGCCUUUCUGUCCUCUAAAUCCCCGACUCUUGGCAAAUAUCAGUCGACUGGAUGAAGAAAAUCAUCAGCGGAGGAAUCAGCUGAAGCAGCUGAAACUGUUGAACCCGGUAUUGCAGAAAAAAACUGCAGAGCCAAAGGCAAAGGCCGCUAGCCCGGCAUUUGCUUGGAACCCGCCCGGAGGAAACAGAGCUCGUCCAAGCAAAAGCGGAACACAGGAUGUGAAUCCGGGGAGGGAAACCGAGGAGAAAGAAUCGGAGAAAGAUUCAGAAAAGGAAUUAAAUGAGAUAUUUGACUUCGUUUCUAUUAUUUCUGAUGCCCUGGAGCUGCAGAUAUUAUCAGACGAUCAGAUGAUUGGCAUGGCAUUGUGUGCCAGCCAGCAAAUUCGCAAACAUCGUCUCUCCACAUUUCAGAAACAGUACAAUCUUGGUUACAAUUUGUACAACAAGAUUUCGGCAGCGAAUAUGAAAGUGAAAGAGGAUUUAGACCCGUUACUCGAGGCUGUAGAUCGGAAACUGAGGAGAUUGAAAAACUUGCAGAUGCUUAUUGAGCUUUUGUGGUUGGACAGCGAAGGUCAGGGCAAUUUCAUGAGCUGUACUACUCUGAACCAGCAGCACGAGUUCAACAAGUCAAAUGAUCAUCUGGAUCGGGUUGUGAUGUCCUUCUUUGACUUGAACGAAUGCUUGCCUGUGGACGGCUUUUUGAGCUGGGAUCACAUGAUUGAUGAAGGAUGGCUGGUGUUCAAUUUUGACACUUUACAGGACAAUCGAAAACCCAAAGCGGAGGUAACAAAAUCGAAGAAAGGUUCACCGGUCGUAGCUGAUGUCACAAUGACAGGGAUCGUCAAAGUGAGCCAAUUUGACAUCCUGUAUAUCAAGAGAGAAAAUAUUUUGCCAGAGCAAUUCCCUUUGCGAGUGACAUUUCUUGCUGAUGCAUCAAAGAAUGUUGCUGCAAAGUGCAAGGACAAGCAAUCUUUGAGCAGUCAGGAACAAUUGAAACUGUGGAUGCGACAGCUGAUGAACUUCGUCGCGGAAUUGGAGGAAGAAAAAGGUUUCAGUCCACUUUUAGAUCGAAAAGGAUUCAUGAAAACCUGCAAAAUCGUACUGUGGACCUUUUAUGGCUUCUACGUGAACGUCAAACCCAACGAAGUGAAGACCCUAAUUCUGCUCAGGAUCAAAAUGGAGAUGCGGCUGAAGAUUUAUCUGCUGAGAAUGUCGAAUGCCGGUUGCUUGGUCUCUCUAAUCAAAAACUUGGAGCUGCAAUUAUCACUGGGUGACGUGGAGGAACUGGUGAAGUUAAUGAAAAACAUCUCCAAUGAGAUCACCAGAGAGACUGGAGCCACUACAAAACCACGAAAUUCAGUUCGAGCAUCAUUGAGCAAGAAUGUGGACCAAACUAAAUUUGGUAGCUUGGCCAAUGCCUUCGCAAUCAUUUUUGUCGAAGUGUUCGAAGUGGGUACUUUGGCUGCCUGCGAUUGGGAGAUCAUCGAAACUGCACUGGAAUGCAUUGUUGCAGCAAAGCAUGUGAGAGACUUCGAGCUCUUGGACUGGGUCCAAGAGGAGGAAGCGAGAAAAGCUAGGGAAGCAGAGGCGCUGAAGGAGAAAGAAAAUGCUGAGAAGGCUGAACAGGAGAAACUCAAACAACAGCACAUCAUGCGUCUGCAAGAGAUCAGAGAGGUCAAAAAACAAUGCGAACGUGAUGAAGCCAAACUUGUGGCGACAUGUCGAGAAUCUUCCAGCUCGCACUAUGUGGAUGGAGCUCCCAAACCAGCUGAUUUAUUCCGAGGAGACACACCCGAGAUGAAAAAGCCGAAAAACGACUAUCAUGCCAAGUUCCAACCCAGAUAUGAAUUACCAAGCGGCACGCCAGAAUCUGCCAGAUCAUUCAUUGGUUUGGUGAAACUCUUGAAGAAGCAGCUUACACUGGAGGAUGUACACCAGUUGGCAGUUUUAUCCAAGUCCAUGAAGGAGGUUACAACAAUUUGGCAAAAACUUCUGUCCGACAAUGGGAACGUACUGCCUCCAGAGUGGAACGCAGAAGAAGAUUUGAGAAAUGUGCAACAUCGCUGUGAUGACACACUCUUCAGUCAGGUUGGGAAAGCUCUAGCAACAGUGUUGACCGAAUUGUUGCAGGUGAUUGACCUCGACAUUGAGAAUCUGACUGACAUUGUGGAACAUCUCGACAACAUGUCAUCAACCAAGCAGAAUUUGAACAAUGGUUCAGCACUGGAAAAAAGAAAAUUGGAAUCUUGUCAGAGCCAAGAUGACAUUAGACGACAGAGCCUGGAACAGCUGCGGGCACUGCGACAGAAAAGAGAAGCUGUUGAAGACGAAGAAAAACAGAUUGAAGCACUCAUUGCCGACAUUGACAAACGUCAGAACAGUGCUAAGUUCUCCAGUACAGCAGCAAGCAAAUUUGCUAAUGAAGAGCAAACUGCUCAACAAAAGGAUGAUUCUUCAUAUGUCCUUUGUCAAUACGAUUCCUCUGAAAAUGAGGAAGAAAAGGCUCUGAAAACGGAACACAGAUCAUGGAUCAUGAUGUGGACCUUCCCCACACCGAGAUCGUAUUUGAAAACUUAUGAAGAAAGAAAGAAGAAAAAUGAACUGAUUCCAAGAGACAUCAGCAGAGAGGAGCUCGAAAAAAACUUUUUGGAUGCUUUGAACAAGUGCCAGCUGAUGGGGAAAUUGAGGCAGAUGAUAGUGGUUUACGAACCACACAAGAAGCUUAUGCCGGAUGGCAGUGCACACGAAAUGCACUACCACGUUUGUUUCAAGAUGUCUGCAAACUUUGCCCACAAAGGGGUGUCCAACACACUUGCUCAACACUACGGGCUACAUGGACACAUGUCGUACCCGAGGAAAGGCUGGUACCAAAUGGCAAAGUACGUGCUCACAGACUCUGCUGUGAAGCUACCCGUACAUUUAGACCCCCACUCCAUUAUUCUGGCCGACAAGAAUGACAAAAGAAGACAUGCUGAAGAAGAUGCAGCUCACCGAAGAGGACUACUUGAAAAAAAGAGCGGAAGAAAAUAG